UAAACCAGAUAAAAAGACCAGAGACAGCGUGAUUGAGAUUACUCUUGGAGGAAGGCAUCAGUUAAGGACCCUAGAAAAGACAGACUCUUUUGUUCUGGUUCCUAAUGGAGUGGCUUCGGCUGUUCUUUCUCCAUCCUGUAUCAUUUUACCAGGGGGCUGCAUUUCCCUUUGCACUUCUCUUCAAUUAUCUCUGUAUCAUGGAUUCAUUCUCCGCUCGUGCCAGGUACCUCUUUCUCCUGGCUGGAGGAGGUGCCCUGGCCGUGGCUGCCAUGGGUCCCUAUGCCGUGCUCGUCUUCACCCCUGCUGUCUGUGCCGUGGCUUUCCUCUGUUUCCUGGCCCCGCAGCAAGUCCACAGGUGGACCUUCUGCUUUCAGAUGAGCUGGCAGACCUUGUGUCACCUGGGUCUGCACUACACUGAGUAUCAUCUGCAUGAGCCUCCUUCCGUGAGGUUCUGCAUCACUCUUUCUUCUCUCAUGCUCUUGACCCAGAGGGUCACGUCCCUCUCUCUGGACAUUUGUGAGGGGAAAGUGGAGGCAGUAUCUGGAGGCAUCAGGAGCAGGAGCUCUUUGUCUGAGCAUGUGUGUAAGGCACUGCCCUAUUUCAGCUACUUGCUCUUUUUCCCUGCCCUCCUGGGAGGCUCUCUGUGCUCCUUCCAGCAAUUUCAGGCUCGUGUUCAAGGGUCCAGUGCUUUGUAUCCCAGGCACUCUUUCUGGGCUCUGAGCUGGAGGGGUCUGCAGAUUCUUGGACUAGAAUGCCUAAACGUGGCAGUGAGCAGGGUGGUGGAUGCAGGAGCGGGGCUGACUGAUUGCCAGCAAUUCGAGUGCAUCUAUGUCAUGUGGACCACAGCCGGGCUUUUCAAGCUCACCUACUACUCCCACUGGAUCCUGGACGACUCCCUCCUCCAUGCAGCGGGCUUUGGGCCUGAGCUUGGUCAGACCCCUGCAGAGGAGGGAUAUGUCCCCGAUGCGGACAUCUGGACCCUGGAAAGAACCCACAGGAUAUCUGUGUUUGCAAGAAAGUGGAACCAAAGCACGGCUCAAUGGCUCCGACGGCUUGUAUUCCAGCACAGCAGGGCUUGGCCGUUGUUGCAGACAUUUGCCUUCUCUGCCUGGUGGCAUGGACUCCAUCCAGGACAGGUGUUUGGUUUCCUUUGCUGGGCCGUGAUGGUGGAAGCUGACUACCUGAUUCACUCCUUUGCCAAUGAGUUUAUCAGAUCCUGGCCGAUGAGGCUGUUCUAUAGAACCCUCACCUGGGCCCACACCCAGUUGAUCACUGCCUACAUCAUGCUGGCUGUGGAGAUCAGGAGCCUCUCCUCUCUCUGGUUGCUCUGUAAUUCCUACAACAGUGUCUUUCCCAUGGUGUACUGUAUUCUGCUUUUGCUAUUGGCGAAGAGAAAGCACAAAUGUAACUGACAUCUUUCCCUGGCUUUCAUCUUAAACACCCAAGAAACAGUUUAGAAAGUGCCAGAUGACGCAUCGAUAAUGCAUACAUUUGAACUUUUCCAUAAUAAAAUUUUUUCUAAAGUUUUGGAUGGAUAUACCCAGUGACUUGCAGUAGGAAUUUGUGUAUCUACUUUAGCAAGCUAUUCUGCUGGUACUGAGGAUACAAAAAGGAAAAAGACGUGGUUUCUUCUAUUAAGAUUUACAGUCUAGAUGUGGAAGCAAAGAUUAAGUAAAGUGAUAAUAAAAACACAAAGUGCUGUGAACAAGACGGCAAACGCUCUAUAUAUAGACACCCCAAAAUUGAGUGUUCAGUUGGCCCACCUGAUCCUGGAAUGGGAACUUUAGCAACACGAAACCAAAACAA